GCUGCAUUCUGAUUGGUCAGAAGGUUGGGUUUAUUUUCUUUAUCCCUGCAGCUCUGGCAGUCUUUAUAUUCACAUUAAUACACUUGUUAUACAUUUAUAAACUGAUAAUAAAACAUAUGAUACGGUAAAGUUUAUAAAAGUAAAGGUGUUAAUCGUGUGUGGAAGAAGUCUCCAGUGUCUGCGCUGUGUAACAGUCAGAGGUAAAACUCUGACCUCUUCAGGACAGAGGAGUUUAUACUUCAGUUUCUGGUAACCAAAAAUAUAUAUAUACUAUAUAAUACUAUAAAUGGAUUAAAAAAUAGACAUCCUUUGAUGGCUAAAUUCUAAUAAUUCUAAUGAUGAUAAAGUAAUUGCUGUGUUAUAAGAGGAAUAAAACAUCUUUGAUGUAACAGUAACUCUACUUCAUCACUCCAUUCUUUUUUUUUUUUUCAGAUAUUUCCCAUUGCAAAUGUUUACAGAAACUUAAGAGCUCUCUCUCUCUCUCUCUCUCUCUCUCUCAGAAUACUCUUAGAAUAGUUCUAGCAGUAUUUUAUUGUUUCUAAUCUCAUUCUCUUUUUAUUAUGUUUCUCUGCAUCAGUGUCUCUGUAGGUGUAGAGAUGUUAAGUAUAAUAAACAUCAUUCCCAGAGAAACAGGACGUUUCUGUAGAAAGCGCUUCUGCUUUUACAAUUUAGAGGAAAACUGAAUCCUUAAAUAUCAGUCCAUAUCAAAACCCUGUCCAAUCAUAUCCUUUUCUUUAGAAUAUACUACACUUUAAAUAUUUCAAAGUUAAAUUCUUUCACACAAAAAAGCACUUAGAUUGUAAGUAUAAUAAAUCAUAAAGUAUAAAAAUCAACCCUAAAUAAAAAAUCCGGUAUCUAUAGUUUGUACAUGUUUCCUUUUCUUUUCCAAACCCAAUCCCAGAUCUUUGCUGUUUGUCACGGGAUCCGAUAGCCGACUUCUUCUCCCAUGUCUGAUCCACAGUUUGUUUGUGUUUUUGUUUUUUGACUGAGGAUCAGUUCAGUGCUGUCUCUAACAUUUAUUCUGCCUUUGAAGUUAUGAGUAGUGACUCAACCCCAUGUCCUCUAUUGUGUUAGAGAUUUGGAGUUAAAAUGGCACAGGUUCCUAUGUCAGGUGUGUAAUCCUGAUUUCUCCUCCAUGUUUUCGGAUCCUGCUGAAAGAUCUUUGCGCUGCAUUGAUCUUCUGAUCUACAUCGUGUGUCCUCUUCAUUGCUUCAUCUGAUCAGCAGUCUGUCUGUGUGCUUUAGUGCUGCGGAAGACAAAAACCCCACGACCAUCUGCCAGAGCCGGAGUUUAAUCCAGAUUACAGCCUCUCUCUCUCUCUCUCUCUCUCUCUCUCUCUCUCUCUCUCUCUCUCUCUCUCUCUCUCUCAUUCCUCUCCACUGUCCUCUCCACAAAUCCCCAAACUCUGCUGGAUUGAAGACCUUUCUCUAUAAAAACAAGCAGCUGAGACACUCGGUCAGAGAGGAAAAUGGCGUUUCUCAUUAAGAGCAUGGUGGGGAACCCACUGAAAGGGAUGGGACUUGGAGGAGGAGAGGAGAAAUCCGAGUCGGAAACUCCGAAGGAUCCGGCAGCGGCGGCUGGGAUGACCAGAGAGGAAUACGAGGAGUACCAGAAACAACUGGUGGAGGAGAAGAUGGAGCGAGACGCUGAUUUCCUGCACAGAAAGGCAGAGAGAGCGACCCUCAGGGUUUGUCUUCGUGAGAAAUACAGACUGCCGAAGAGUGAGCAGGACGAGAACAUGCUCCAGAUGGCCGGAGAUGACGUGGAUGUCCCUGAGGAGCUGCUGAAGAUGGUGGACGAGGAUGCGACGGAGGAGGAGGAGAAGGACUCCAUUCUGGGUCAGAUGCAGAACCUGCAGAACAUGGACAUGGAUCAGAUCAAGGAGAAAGCCACGGCUACAUUUAACGAGAUGAAGAGCAAAGCCGAGGAGAAAUGCUGCGUGAUGUAAUGUCCUGACGAGACACGACACACACUGACGAGGAAAAGCGUUUGGUUGAGUUUAUGAACUUGAUCAUGAGCAGAGAUAACUUGUUUAUACUUGAGCUGUUAUUUUUAAAAAGAAAUUGCACUUAAAUCUCUAAUUAAUGUUGAGUACACACUCACUUCACUACUCAGUAUCUACAGUGUGGCUGUGUGACAUGAUGUAUGUGUUAGUGUAACUGCCUCUGUGUGUGUUUGAGUAUGAAUAUAUAAUGCAUCAUAAGCUCUGAUUUAUUGGAAAUGUUACAUCAAUGUUUGUUUUUUUUUUGUUUGUUUGUUUUUUUGUAACUAUACACCAAUUUAACUGAGAUACAUGUAGUGUAUUAAAGAAGAGCUUGGUUGUGUUUAUGUUUAUGUUUAUGUUUAUAUUUAUAAGGAUCAAAUUAAC